UCCUCAAGUCGUGCUGAACCUCAGCAUCAAAGGUCAAUGGAGGUGCAAUGCUUUCGAGAUCUUCCUGCAUAAGAUUCUGAAUGUUAAGACAGGAAACGCAAUGAAUUUCUUUCACUUUAUCGAUUUAGUAUGAAUUAUAUUUCCACUCACAUUCCCUUUGCACCUUGACGAAUUCUCAACACUAUCACGAUGGACGAACAAACGUCCACAGGCUGUCGCUUGCCUCCAGAGCUUGUCCAGCAUAUCCUGAAAUAUCUUUCAAAUGAUGACGAAAAUGAAGAGUGGAACAAGAAAUCUUCAAGUUUACUAUCGGUUUGCCUUGCCUCUCAUACAAUGUGUCAAUUAGCGGCUCCUCAUCUUUAUCGAACGGUAAUCUUGAACGAUCCCAGAAGGGCACAAAUCUUUUUCAGUUUGUUUGAUUCGCAGCAAAGCCCAUCACAAGCACCUUGGAAUGAUAGCAAAAGUAUCGUUCGAUUACACAUGAAAUACUUGUGGUGUGGAAUCAUGCGCGAAUUGUUGUAUGAUUCCCCUCAUAAGCUCUUGCACGAAGUUCAAACAUCAGCACAAGAAGUUGCAUGGAUGCAAGCAGAUAGCGAUGGAAGAUAUCAUGGUUUUCAUUAUUCCACUGAACCAGCUUCACAAUCGAUCGAUAAGCCUUUUUGCAUCAAUGCAAUUCAUAUAGUUUGUCCAGAUCUGGGUAGAUGGACUUUGCCUCUAUUCUUCCAUUUGGAGAGCGUCAAGUUUGUUGCGGUGAGCCUGUAUCCAAAAGGGAACUGGGAUUUAGAAGCGGCCAAGAUUGAGAACGUCUUACGUGGUAUUCUAACAUCUUGUCGAGAGCUGGAAGCUUUGGAGAUUAUCGUUUGUCACACGAGAGCCGCAGCAGGCAGUCGUGCGAUUCGAAUGAACCGUUCUGUUCCUGUUGCACAUGCUGUCAGAGCAAUUGAUGACGAUCGAAUCACUGUUAAAGCUGCAGAUUACCUUUUUGAUGUGUAUGGACGUUCGCCAGCUGAUGAAGUCGUUCAGUAUACCCGCAUACAUUGGCAAGAUCGAGUGCAAGGAGGUUGUGGUCCUUGGACUGCUAUGGCUAGAUGAAUGAAGCAAUGCAUUUACUCGGAUAUCUAGAUUGUAUUUGAUAUUGAAUUCUCUCAAUUUGAUUGUGAGUGUCAACUUUG